AUGGAUAUAAAUAUUGAGAAUGUGGAACAAUGCGGUGAUUCUCUCACAAUUGAAGAAGUGGCUGAAGUUACGAACAAUGGAAAAUUGUUAUGGGAUGAGUCACUCAUUGAAAAAUUCGUGAAUAUUAUGGUGGAAGAAGUUAAGGUUAACAAUCGUAGUGGCACAACAUUUAGUAAAAGUGGUUGGAGUAAUUUAGUCAAACAAAUGAAUGUUCACACGGGGAGAAAAUUUGGUUUAACCCAACUUCAGAAUAAGUUUAAUGGUUUGAGGAAAAUUUAUACUGAGUUUAAGAAAUUAUUAUCGGAGACUGGCGUGGGAUAUAACCAUGAGACAGGCAUGGUUAUAGUUGAGGAAGAGAGAUGGGACAGGUUGUGCAAGGUUGUUACGAAUGCAAAUAAGUAUAAAAAGUAUGAAUGUAAUCAUUUUGACAAGAUGUCGACUAUAUUUGGGGACACAUAUGCAAGAGGGAUGCAUGCCAACCCAUCCACUACAGCACCACCCACAAUCAUUUUGCCCACUCCCAAUGAUGAUGAUGAUGAGGAAGAGGGUUGUGAGGUCAGUCCCCCACCUUUACGUAAAGGUAAGAAAGCCAAAAGAGAUGCUUUAUCUCCUGGUAUAGCUGCACUCUUGUCAAACAUGAAUGAGAAUUCUGAGAGGAGAGCUGAGAGAAUGGAAACUGCAAUAGAGAAAGCAGCUAAAGUAUCUUCUACUUCUACUCGUGUAUCUUCAUGUGAGAAAGGAGAUGAUGAAGUUCUCUCUCCCUCAAAAAAGGAUAGAGAUUAUGAAAUGUUUGACGCCUCCAUGAUCCUUUUACAAAAAAUACCUGGAAUUGAGAUGGCCCAAUUCGCUAAGGUAUCGAAGUUAUUACAUGAUUCUGAGAAGUGGCAGAAAUUUUUUCUUUCGGCACCUGAGGAUAUAAGAAUUGGUUGGGCACUGAAUGUUUGA